GGCAUCUCAUAGAAACCCAUAUUGUUUCUACCCUUCUGCCAGGGCCGAUAGAGCUUCACUCUCGAUCCCGCUUCGGCAACAGCCCAUCUUGGUCUCCCACGACGCGUCCAGGACGUCUUUCGCCAGAUCGCCCUAGCGGCCUAGCCGUUCAACGCGAUGGAGAGACUGCCUGCCGAGAUAAUCGACAAAGUCGCCUCGUAUCUCUACGAACACUCAUCUCUGCAUCCUCGUGAGAUCGAGGAGGUUCAUCGCUGUUCUCCCUGGUCGCAAUUCGAAGAGAAUCUGCUUGACUGGGGCGGUCAAAAUCUAGCCCCGUAUACUGUCAUCUCGCGCCAAUGGCAGGCAGCCGUGGAGAAGCUGAUAUGGGAGAAAGUUGUUCUUCUAGAUGAAGAGGGUUUGCAGAGCCUAGAGCAGUAUACUUCGGGUAAUUUGUAUCGCUGCAUGAGACGCAUGCAUAUCCGGCAUAUGAUAGUGGACGCUUCGAUUGGCAUUCCGAGGACCAACCCCCCAAGCAGCCAAGUUCCCAAGUCAAUUGCGAAUGAUUUCCCCACUGUACAUAACCACAAAUACCGCAAUUUGAUCGUCCGCCUCUUCGGUCUCUUGCAUUCGUGGACUUCUGGUCCGUAUGUAACCCCGGGCAUCGACUUGUGGCUUGGGGGAGGUGGCCCAUAUACUAAGGAAGGGGUUCUAAAGGUGAUAGACGGGCAGGUCCUAAAAUCUCUGUCCGUUGAUGAGUUAUAUGAACAGAAUCAAAUGUCCCAUCUGUUUCAUCUCACGAGCGAGGAUGUGUCGGAUAUCCCAAACGUAUCCUGCGUCAAGAGUUUCAACGUUCGGGAGAUAGCAAACACCCCAGUCGCUUUUCGCAGAAAGUUCAGUCAUGUUCGUCCGUCGGCGUACUUUCAGACUCUAUCUUGCCUGUCGGGCGUCAAACGGGCCUGGGGUAGAGAAACAUACGUUAUCCCGCCGGACGCGAUACGAGCUCUCCAAGAGCAUAGACAAGAGCUUGCGGAUCAUCUGCCGCUCGUACCGUCUUCGGUCGAAACAUUCAAAUAUACGCUCUAUCACCGCCGGGAGAUGUCAUACGAGUAUUGGGGCGACGCAGCGAAUUAUCUAUCCCCCAGCGGACGCGAUGAACUAUCCAUUGCAUUUGGCACGCUCGGCACGCGCCUUCGGACGCUGACGCUGGACGGUGUCAGAAUCAGUCCUCAAUUUUUCUAUUCUCCCUCGAGAAGUAAUGGUGAGAGUAUGAAGGUCAUGCACUGGCCCCAUCUCGAAGUCCUUCAGAUCCUCGACAUGCCGCCAUAUACAGCAGAUGGAAAAUGGAUUAUCGACGAGGACGCUGAAAAAGAAAACAACGCGAGAUAUAGAAGGAGCUUGUGCGGCCCACGAGACAUGUGGACGGCUCAUGAGUAUGGAAAACGUGGGUUGAUGAAAAACCACCAACUCGACAAACUCUACCAAGCUAUGGGGCGAGCUGCUCGGCAGAUGCCUCGUUUGCGACUGUUAUCCUUUACGUUUCGUGGGGAAAUGUGUAAAGAUUUUUCAGAUGUCAAUUUCGAUACCAGCGAGUCCCUUCAUCUGUCACGGGACCGAGAGUCUUCGGCAGGAACCCGGCUGGAAAUUAAUACUGUGUGGAAGUAUCAGCUCGGGAAUGAUGUGAUAUCUGCUUGGGGGUUGGAACGAGAGCCGAUCGAGAAAACCGCCCAUGGAUGGGUGAUCAUGUCUCAUAAAUGGCCUCUGUUGAAUGGGUAGAAUUGAUAGAUAUUCAAGGACGUGUACAGAGUAUGGAUAGCCAUGAUGGCUGGUUAGGUGUCUAGGAUUUAGCUCCUAGGCAUAG